GCUUCUAUUUCCCUAAAACCAAAAUCCCCAAAUUCGCAUUCCCUUAAUUCGCAGCAGAAGCUUCUUUCCAUUCAUCAAUGGCUUCCGCUCCCGCCGUUUCAAUGGCUCUCCCCUUGCCCUACGCCAGCCAGAAGCGGCUCUCCAACGACGCCUUCUUCAAUCCAUUGCCUUCUAGGUCUCGCAAGGCCAUCCCCGCCGCUCCAAGGCUCGUUGUCGUCCACUCGUCUUUGAAGGAGAAAGCCGUCACUGGACUUACGGCCGCUGCGCUGUCUGCAGCGAUGGUGAUUCCCGAGGUUGCAGAGGCUGCUGGUCCUGGAGUCUCGCCAUCGCUCAAGAACUUCUUGCUGAGCAUUGCCGCUGGUGGAGUUGUGGUGAUCGCCAUACUUGGAGCUGUCAUCGGCGUCUCGAACUUCGAUCCGGUUAAGCGUGGCUGAGUGGAUUCGUCGAGGAAAGUAAAAUCCUCUUGUGGUAAUCUUCUUCUUGUGUAUAGCUUUUUUGUUGCACGCUGCUGUCUGUAGUAAUUGAUCCAAUUUAGCUGUGAGUUUCAGUUCUGAUUUUCCUCCA